CGACUUUUCUUUUCUGGAAAGAACGGAUAUAUUUAUAACCAGCGUCUGUCUCUCUAAGUCGAAUCUCGAUUCUUCUGUAGUUGUCUUCUUUACAACAAAGAAUAGCACAACUUCGUCCGUUGUUCUUCAAAGUUCGAUUACGCCUCCUCUCUGCAACUCAGAUUACAGCAUAGUGAGCGAUGGCCAAGCAUCACCCCGAUUUGAUCAUGUGCCGGAAGCAACCAGGGAUUGCCAUUGGGCGGCUCUGCGAGAAGUGUGAUGGUAAGUGUGUCAUAUGCGACUCUUAUGUGCGCCCUUGCACCCUUGUGAGGGUUUGUGAUGAAUGCAACUACGGAUCAUUUCAGGGUCGUUGUGUUAUCUGUGGAGGAGUCGGGAUUUCUGAUGCUUACUAUUGCAAAGAGUGUACGCAGCAGGAGAAAGACAGGGACGGAUGCCCAAAGAUUGUCAAUUUAGGAAGUGCGAAAACAGAUCUCUUUUAUGAACGGAAGAAAUACGGUUUUAAGAAGAGAUGAUGAAGGGAUUAUGGCUGUUGAAGUUGGGGCAGAGCUGAAUACAUUUGCUUUUGAAAGAAUUGUAUCGGAUUGAAUCACAUUUGAGCCAUCCUUUUUUGUAGUUUUUGUGGAAAAGUGUACGACUUUUAGAGACCUGCCGUGGUUAGCAUUAUUAUGUAUGUUAGAUAAAUCAGAAGAAUUGUGGCUGUUAAACCUAUUAUAAUUGAGACUUGCAUGAUUAUAGGCCAAA